GAAUCUGAAAACAUGUAAUCUGAAACUAUAAAAAAUUAUUUUUUUAUUUUUUUUUAUUUUUUAUUUUUUUAUUUUUAUUUUUAUUUAUUUUUGUUUGUUUAUUUAAUUUUAAACUAAGGAUAUUAGUGAUAUUUUACCCUUUAAUGAAUGUCAUUUUUGUGACUUUCUCUUUCUAGUGCUAUUUUUGAGACAUAAACUUCAAAAGAUGUUAUUAUUGACAAUUGCCCCAUAAGUGUUAUAUCAAUAAAUUUAUGUCUUCUUUGUUAUUAUUUUCUUCAUUUUUUUGAAUAAAUAGUACAUCAUUCAUUAAAGUCUAAAGUUGAAACAUAUUUUUUCUUAUAAAUACAUAUUAAUUUUGUUGAAUGCAUAGAAUCACAACUUUUGUGGUUUAUUAAUUUUUUUUGUUUAAAAGUAUAUGAAAAGUUCAAACAAUCUUUUUUAUAUAUUUUUAUAAAUAUUAUUAAAAAAAUUGUUUAACCGGAUCAACCGGUGUCAUGUAACGAGUUAGUGCUGGAUUUUUAGAUUUUUUAUUGGAUUUAUCAGUUUUUUUUUUAUUAACGGGGUUUUACGAAAACUCUAAACCAGAUUAUUUAUGGAUUAUCCCGUUUACCGAUUCAAGUGCGUAUUCGGAUUGGGUACGAAAACAUUGGAGAAAGCAUAAGAGCAAAAUUGGAACUGUCUUUGUAUCUCACAUUCUCACAUUUAGUAAGAGUAUAUCUGAUUAUUUUUUGCUUGUUACGAGCAUUUGAAAAUUUUGUCCAUAAUAUCGACAUUCAGCCGUUAAAAUAACAAUUGAAGAUGUUUGAAUAUAACAAAGAAGAUGAGACAAAGCUAAGCUAAGUAUGAGAGACGACGACACAACCAAAUGUGUUUUCAUGUUCAAAUCACAAACUUUUGAAUCGGCGGAGCUUUUCUUGCCGACCUAGUUUUGUUCAAGAACGAACUUCUCCGCUGUAAUGAUUCUGGGAGUUUAUAUGGCAAAUAUUUCAUCACUAAUAGCGUCCAUAGCCUCUUGCGUCUCGAUUUUCCAAUGCCGUGCGCUUCACUGUAAGGUAGUGAAGACUAUGAGUUACCGCCACGGGUUCAUUGGAGACCAGCUUGUCGGAUGUUACUUGAGACUGGGUCAUGAAGUUUGCGCAGAGAAGCUGUUCGAUGAAAUGCCUGAGAGAGAUUUAGUCUCUUGGAACUCUUUGAUAUCUGGGUAUUCAGGGAGAGGUCAUCUGGGUAAAUGUUUGAAGGGUUUUUCUAAGAUGAUGAGAUCUGAUGUGGGUUUAGGGUUUAGACCUAAUGAAGUUACGUUUUUGUCGAUUAUCUCGGCUUGUGUUCAUGGAAAGAGUAGAGAAGAAGGACGUUGCGUUCACGGGCUUGUGAUGAAAUAUGGUGUGCUUGAGGAGGUGAAAGUUGUGAAUGCUCUUAUCAACUGGUAUGGAAAGGCUGGAGAUUUGAGUUCAUCUUGUAAAUUGUUUGAGGAAUUGAGUGUGAAGAAUGUGGUUUCGUGGAAUACAAUGAUUGUGGUUUACUUGCAAAACGGUUUAGCUGAAGAAGGUCUUGGUUGCUUCAACGUGAGCAGAAGGGUUGGGAAUAAGGCUGAUCAAGCUGCUUUUCUUGCUGUUCUCCGUGUCUGUGAAGAUAUUGGGGCAGUGAAAGUAGCGCAAGGGAUUCACGGGAUGAUCUUGUGUUGUGGAUUUAAUGCAAACAUGUGUAUAACGACGGCGUUAUUAGACUUGUAUGCAAAACUAGGGAGGUUGGAGGAUUCGUCUAAAGUGUUUCUUGAGAUUACUUCUCCAGAUAGUAUGGCGUGGACUGCAAUGCUUGCUGCUUAUGCCACUCAUGGUUAUGGAAGAGACGCUAUCAAGCACUUUGAGCUCAUGGUUGAUCACUAUGGUAUUAGUCCUGAUCAUGUGACCUUCACCCACUUGCUGAGUGCUUGUAGUCACUCGGGUCUUGUCGAAGAAGGGAAGCAUUAUUUCGAAACAAUGCUGGAAAGAUACAGAGUUGAGCCGAGGUUAGAUCACUACUCAUGUAUGGUUGAUCUGAUGGGUCGAUCCGGGUUUCUUCAGGAAGCUUAUGGAUUGAUCAAAGAGAUGCCAAUGGAGCCGAGUUCUGGUGUUUGGGGAGCUUUGCUUGGUGCUUGUAGGGUUUAUGGAGAUACCAAACUCGGUAAAGAAGCUGCAGAGAGAUUGUUUGAGUUAGAGCCUUGUGAUGGUAGAAACUACAUAAUGCUAGCAAAUAUCUACUCAGCUUCUGGUCAAUGGAAAGAUGCUUCAAGAGUAAGGAAUCUGAUGAAACAGAAAGGUCUUGUAAGAGCUUCAGGGUGUAGCUACAUUGAACAUGGUAAUAAGAUUCAUAAGUUUGUUGUUGGAGAUUGGUCUCACCCUGAAUCAGAGAAGAUACAGAAGAAGCUCAAAGAGAUUAGAAAGAAGAUGAAGAAUGAAUUAGGAUAUAAAUCAAGAACAGAGUUUGUGUUACAUGAUGUUGAUGAAGAUGUGAAAGAGGAAAUGAUUAAUCAACAUAGCGAGAAGAUUGCAAUGGCGUUUGGGCUUCUGGUGAUUAGUCCAAUGGAGCCAAUAAUCAUAAGGAAAAAUCUUAGAAUAUGUGGAGAUUGUCAUGAAACAGCAAAAGCAAUAUCUUUGAUGGAGGAAAGGAGACUCAUUAUUAGAGAUUCAAAGAGGUUUCAUCAUUUCUCAGAAGGCUCUUGUUCUUGCAGAGAUUACUGGUAGUAUCUCAAUUCACACCCUCUUGAAUGGUUAGUUAUACUAUUUUAACUGUAUAUGAAGAGCAUACACAGAGAAAAAAAUUAAGUGUGUCAAUCAAAUAUUGCAUAACAUAGUAACAAUGAACCAUUCUGAGCUUUUGACGCGAAGAAAUUAUUGAACAUUCAAGUAUGCCACUUGCGAUCUUGCAUGAGAUUACACAGACGCUAAAUUUCAUGAUUUUGACUUGAAACAAAAAAGAACUUAAUCAUUGUAGUGAAAAGUCCAGGAAAAGUAAAAG